AUGCUCCUCUAGUUAUUUUCAGGUACAUCGUCUCUCGAACAAGAAUCAGUAGAAAAAAAUCAUCGUAAACUCAAAGAAAAGAGGAAAAAUAAGAAUAAAACAAAGAAAGUAAAAAUAGUAGACUCAUAUGAGGAUGAAGAUGGACUUAAAGAAGAGAAUAGUAGUGAAAGUCUAACAAAUGAAACUAGAUCAAACAACAAACUACCUCCAAAAUCAAUCCUUAGAAAUAAGCAAUAACCUAGUUAUCAAUAAGCGAAAGGAAGAAGUGGCCAUAAUAAUCUAGAUGAUGAAAAUGAGGUUGAUGAGGAUCAACUGAGCGAUGAUGAAUUCUUAAAGAGAAUUGAGGGGAAAGGUGACUCUAAAGGUGAUAAAAAUGACAAAAGUGAAAAGAAGGAAGAGCCAAAGGUUGAUUUAGAUAAGCUAACUAAGCGUCAAAGAAUGGCAUAUCUAUAAAAAUAAAACCCUCUCCCAAACAAGCAACAGUAGAUUAGCAUUGGGAGACUCAGCAAAUAAGAUCAAACAGCAGCUCUUGCUAGAUAUUUAGAUCCUAACGCCGACGGAGAUAUGGUAUUUUACGAACUUUCAAAUGCCAAGAAGUAUGAUGAAUUUGAUUAUGAUGAAGAUGAUGAGCUUAAUCCUGGAUUGCCAAGAAAUAGGGUUGGCAGAAAGCCCAAAACUUAAGCAAAUUAAUAGUAGAUAGAUGAGUAGAAAAGAUAGUAACUCGAAAAGAUACUGGAGGAACAAAAGAAGAAGUUUAAGGAUAGGGAAAAGAAGCUAACCAAUCAUAUGAAUUCAGAGGUAUCAGGUGGAAAUGGUGUCGUAGGGAGGUAUAUUUUUUAAAACUCAUAAAGAAUAUAAGCCAAAAUAUGUCCAACUAAACCUGGCUAAUGUAAUAUCAAGGUAAAGCUAAUAUAUAAAAAAGAUAAGCCAACUAAGCUUUUGAUCCCAAAGGAAUUGAUAAAAAAUGACUAGAAAUAUGGCGGUUUAAUUUGCAAAUAGUCAAAUGCAGGCUUAAUUCGAAGGAUUGAAGAUAGACAAAGAAGUUUGAAAUGUUUUUGCUGUGGUAAAACAGAGAGAAAGUAUGUAUGCUCAGUAACAAAGAGGAUAGCUUGCAGUUUCGAAUGUUAUUAGAAAAAUAAAGUCAAAGUUUGA